ACCGUCGACUGUGACUAUCUGUCCCGUCACUCUCCUGUGUGUUCUUUACUGACUGGCUCAGUCCCUAGGUCGCCGCGUCCCCCAGCGGAGGUACCUUGCCUACUCGUAGCUCACGGCCCUCGUACCGCGCCUUCCCUCUCGGACAACAUCGUCUUUUGCUACGACAGCCGCGGCGCCCUAUAUGCAGUCGUUGUCUGCGGCUCUUUCAUCAUGGAUACCGAGGAUGGUCACAUCUUCAUAAGGAAUUUGGCCUACUUUGUACGAACACACGAAAAGGCCCUGGCCAACGCCCUACAACUGCAGCGGCAGAACCCCAAGAAUGGCCAGGCCAUCACUUCUCCUUCGUCGCCCAAUAGCCCUGCCAGCCCGCCCUCUUCCUCAUCCUCGAGCGUCUGGGCAGCAGCCCUGUCUUUGCCGUCCCUGACCUUUACCUCACAGUCCAUCAAGCCAGCUAAGCUUACACUGACACCCCACCAUCUCUUCUACAUUCUCUCUCGCUUCGAGGAGCUUGGUAUACCUGUUGGCCCUAUGAAUGUGCGGCUGGAGAAUAUCCACACGGAUGCUUCGCCUGCCAACUAUGUCUCGUUCCUCGGCAGCGCCCAGCGCAACAAGACCAAGCCGUCCGAUCGCGACUCAAUACAUUCCGUGUCCAGCGUCCGCAGCGUGAUGUCAGGCAUGUCCUCGCUUUGGUCUUCCCUCCGUAUUGGUUCAAACAGUGAAGCCAAGGCAGAGAAACAGAAAGCCCAGCUCCAGGAAGACCUGCGAUAUCUGUAUUCUGCCUUUACCAAGAUUCCAUGCCUGAGGCUAUCUCCUGACCACAAAGCUCGCCUUAUUGCUGGUUACGAAGAGUUUCCAUUCGACACCGCGGUCCCUCUGUUCGCUUUCAAGAAUGUUACUGCGCUUGAGAUUCACGAUGUAGACUUUCGACAGUUCUAUGGCUGGGAUCGCCUGGCCGAAAAUCUUCGCAGCCUUACUGUCAAGCGAGCUGGUGUUGACGAUCCCGCUGACCUUCUAAUCAAUGUUGUCCUGGACGACAUGGACAAGCGCCGCAGACGCUCAGCAAAGACCAAUGCAUCUUCUGCACCAUGGUCUACCGCAAGCCCAUCCGCUAAAGUUAGUCAGUUGGCGCGAUCAGAGUCUCCGCCACUCUCUCCUACCACUGCAAGCAAGCAGAGCACAAGUCCGAGAGGCGCUGCGGUAGCGCGAGACAAUUCUUCCAAGGCUAGUCAGCGACAGCGUAGUACUUCUCCAACGCGUCCCCCAAGCUCCCGCCAUGGUUCAACUCAUGUCUAUGGCCGAAGCACUACAAAUGCCCCAAACAUCCGCCGGUCAUCUGGUAGCUCUAGUUCUAGUGUACGCUCCACUACUCCGAGGGGUAGUUCUUCUAACCUACUCUCCCUGGGCUGGUUCCCCGCAACGAAAUGGCGCUUCCUGCGACAUUUGAGUUUGGCUGACAAUGCUCUCACCAACAUAUCAGUUGCCAGUCUUGCUCCUUUGGCCAACACACUACAGUCUCUUGAUCUCUCUGCCAAUCUGUUUGCUGAGAUUCCGGACAGCCUUGCCAGCCUGACCUGUUUACGCGCGCUAAACCUUUCCAACUGCAUGAUCGAUGGUCUGCACUCACUAGGUCGCAACCCACUGCCAGCCAUCACAACGCUCAACCUUCGCUCCAAUCGCUUGACAUCUUUGGCAGGUGUCGAGCGGUUGCUGUCUUUGGAGCGAGUGGACUUCCGUGACAACAGGUUGACUGAUCCUACAGAAGUCGCCCGACUUACUGGUGUUCCUGACAUAACCGACAUCUACGUCAAUCGCAAUCCGUUCUGCAAGACCCAUACCACCUACAGGGUCACCAUUUUCAAUCUGUUCCGUAAGACACCAGGCUACACAGAAGAUAUCGUCAUCGAUUCCACGGGACCCAGUAAUGCUGAGAAGAAGCAACUUGUUGAUCGAGUUCCUGAAAAGCAUGGUGUCCCCAUUGUUAAGCCGCCACCCGAGGACGAUGUGCAGCCCUUGCGACAUGUACCCCCAAAGGUCGUAAAAGCUAUUGAUGCCCCGUCCGACGUGCCUGGGGUACUUCAGCGUACCGGGUCUCUACAACGUACCAAGAGUGGACGCAAUGCACAAGGAUCUCAGAAGAAAAAGAAGGGCCCCAAGAGAAGGAUAGUCGAGCUUUCCCAGAAUGAGCCCCUGCAAUCAUCGUCGCAGUCGAGUCUGACAGGCUUGGCAUAUGAGGACACCGCGAUUGGGCAGGCUCCCAAAAUCGCCAAAGGUGCCAGCAAUACGUUGGUUGCAGACACGCCUCGGCUCGCAGAGCCACCUAGGGGACAAGUAUCAGGAGACCCUAUGAAGAAGACUGCAUCAGAUGAACGCACUGUUGCGGAUGAAACCCACACAAGUCAUCAACAGCUGCCACCCAUCGAUACCACCAACUCAUCCAAAUCUCCGGAGCCAGAAGCUGCAGAGUUUGACGUCAACGAGGACAUGUACAAGAAGAAGAUCGAGGCUCUCAGGCAAGACUUCGGUAAUACGUGGCUGAGCGCGCUAGGGGACGAGAAUUGGGACAACACGUCCGUCACUAGCUUUCCUUCCGAUCGCGGAUACAGCUCCCCUACCAUUCGACCAACACUGCCCCGCACACCAAGCCAAAGCAUUGUCUCUGGUCGCACACUUGGCUAA